AUGAUGCAGAUCGGCGCACGGACUAUCGCUCUAAAUGAGCUCGACAGCAUCCGCCGCGACCAUGAUAUUUCCUCAGUUGCGCGAACAGUCAGCCUGGCAUUCUCACCCGAUCCCCUGAUUCGAUGGCUACGUCCCAACGCGCUGCCGUGGAGCCAGCUGGACGGUGCGUCAUGGAAAUGGCAAUAUCGUCGAGUCCAGCGAGUGAUGCUCGAGGGCCAAGUGCUUCGUUCCGCCGGAGCACUUCAAAUGGCCCGUAUGUUCCCACACAAGAUCCAGAACGCUCCGGUUCCAGCAGCUGAUGGUGCCUCGACCACAACACCUGAGAAAGUUGCGCAGGUCUCUGCGUCAGAAGAGCCAGAUCCCAGCUUGAGCGAUGCGGAUGCAGGAGCCGUGGUUUUCUUUUUUCCUCCCAAAGAUAGAAUGUCCUGGUCCCUGUCCCGGCUAUUGCUCUCGUGCAAGCUGUGGUUGCUUGAUAUGCUGAAUCCGGCUCGGGAUAGCGGAGCAAACGACAAGCGUCUUGCCAAGCUCCUUGGCGCACAUGAAGCCAGCUUGCUAUCUUUGCAAACAAAAUACCCCCGCCGGCGACUGUGGUACCUCGAGGUCGUCGCUGUGCAUCCGGCGCUGCAAUCACGCGGCCUCGGCGGGGGCGUGAUGAAAUGGAUUUUGGAGCAUGUUGAGCACGAUCCGGUGUAUCUGGAGUGCACACGACAGGAAAAUAUCAAGUUCUAUGAGGGUUUCGGAUUUCGGGUAGCGGAAGAGGUGGAGCUGACGGAUGACGAGGCAAAACUGAAGUACUGGGUGAUGAUCCGCUCGGACGACGACAGCGAAGAAGCUUCAUAG